CCUAGUCGCUAGAUGGCGGCUCGAUAAUAACUCUCGCAGAUCACGCGUCGGCGCUGGAUAUCGAGCCCAUUUGUGCCCGCGAAAUCGCAUAGACACGUGCGCGCAGUCCACAAGUACUCCGCAAAGCGCUAGAAAGCGCCAGCGCACCACGCCGUCGCCCCGCGGCGCAGAAAAAGCCUGAAACCAAGGAAAGGCCGCCAGCGCACCACGCCGUCGCGCCGCGCCGAACAAAAAAAGCUGAAACCAAGGACCGGCCAUGAGCCGCCCCAAGCUCCACCGCGCCCACAGCAGCGCGGCCGUGGACCCGGCGCCGCCCUCUCGAUUAGCGUUGUGUUGCCUCGGACCGAUAUUGAACCCGGAACGGGACAACCAAUAUUAUGAGUUAUUAGGUGUGGACCGGAGGUGCUCGCAGACGGAAAUAAAGAAGGCCUACCGCAAGAUUUCGCUGGAAAUGCAUCCUGAUAAACGUAGGCAGAGAGGCAUUCCGGUCACGCAGGAGGACCGGGAGCGGUUCAUCCGCGCCAAAGAAGCGUAUGAGGUUUUAUCUGAUCCGAAGCGAAGGAAGGUCUACGAUGCCCUAGGGGAACUAGGCGUGCAAUUGACAGAAAACCCGACGAGUGUAGAUCAGAACAAGGUCAUGCGCACCAUGUCUCAUAUGAGUGAGACGACGAGAUGUUCUAUUCUACUCAUUGCUCUGGCCUUUGUGGGCUUCUUCGGGCUGUACUUUCCCGUGUUACUAUCAACAAAUGUGCAGAACACCACGGAUAUACCGUGGGGCUGGGUCUUUUUACCUGUCUGGGUUAUCGACGCGUUCGUACUGUUGAACCACCUGGCCUUCGUUGGGGAAGGAUGUUCUGGUGAGGAGGAAGGCGGCGCGCCUUCAGAUCCCGAGAACCCUACGGAUGAAGAUUUUGACGAUGAUGAUGCUCAUGGUGACGACAUCCCGGUUUCCGCGCGGAUCUUCCACUUGGUUGUGUUCCUACUCCUCGUCAUCUUCCAGAUCUUACUGGUGUGGAUGAUCUCGACGCCGUCCGAGGACCGGGACAACUGGGGCGGCGUCUUCGCUCCUCUAUUCUUGUCCGAAGCGUUGAGGCUGUGCGUCCUCAUCCCGGGAGCGUGCACGUCGAUCCCGCCCAUCGACCUGGGGGACACGUCCGAUACCUCUGAUGAGGCCAACUUCGAGCGAGAAGUGCAGAUGAUGCGGGCGGCACAAAAUAGAGCGAUCCGGUCGAUGCACCGGAGGGCCAUCUUUGGACUACUCUUCAGAGUAUUACAGGAGAUCCUCAUAGUCGUAAAGCUGAUGGGCGCCCAGAUGAGCUGGUACGAGGUCUUCAUUCCCAUCUGGGUCUACUGCGGGUCGCAGCUGUUGGGAGGAUGCGGCUACUGCGCCUUGUCGAACACGAUCCAAGCCACGAUCACGCCGCCCCCGGAGGGCGCCACCGAUAACUCCUGGAUGACGCCGGAAGAUCGGGUCAAGGCCCAGGCCGCGCAGGAGGCGUCGGCGGCGGGGACGGCCGCGUGCUGCUCGUUUGUCUGCGUUUUUGUCGUCGCGAUCUUGGUCGCGGUCAAGGCGCAGGAUUACUCUUCUUUCCACGCGAUUAUUAUCUUCAUUCCCUUACUCAUAUGUCUGUGCCUCUGCUACUGCUGCACGUGCCUCUUUAUUUGUACUUUUAGGGAGUUACCGGAGGAGGAGCCGGGGUCGUCAUAUGAAGCACCUGAAGCACCGGCCGCGCCCGUGGCGUCGCCUACCCCGUCGCCGAUCAUUCCCCAGGCCGCGCCGCCGGCGCCGGCGCCGGUCGUCGUGCCGCCGCCGGCGCCGGCCGUGACGAAGGAGCCGGAGAAGAUGGUGUCGCUGGACUAGACGACGUCGCCGUCGUUGGGGAGGCGGGGCAUAAUUCGAUCCAGAGUAAACCGCGCUAGCGGCUUGUAAGACAC